CGCUGCAGAGCGCGCACUGUGCUGCUGUUGGAGAAACUGAGAGAUGGCUCGUGCACUGUGGGCGCUCUGCUGCUGCUCUCUCGCGCUGCUGGUGACCGGGGCGCGCGGAACCACACCUGUCCGAAGACCCGUAUAUGGACCGGGAUUCGGACCCGUACCGGGACACGGAUACAGACCGGGGACCAACUGGGGAGCUCAUGGCAAUAAUCACAGGUAUUAUGGGUACCACCACUACCACCAUCGGCCGCCCUGGAGGUGGCACCCAUAUACCCACCACCGGCCUGCAAUACCUCUCCAGCCCAGGCUUCCUCUACGGCCCAGAGUACCGGUGCUGCCACCAAAACCGAAGGUAGCCAUGCCUUGCACCACUAUGCCCAUUAGAAUACCCAUUGUGGUCUCCACCGCGACAGUUCCCAGAACAGUUUCCACCACAAUACCCACUACUCUACCAACCACGGUACCCACCACAGUACCAACCACACUACCCACCACAGUACCAACCACACUACCCACCACAGUACCAACCACAGUACCCACUACGAUGACGACCACAGUACCCACCACGGUACCAACAACGCUACCCAAUACAGUAUCAACCACGGUACCCACCACAGUGGCAACGACUGUUCCUACUACAGUGACAACGACUGUUCCUACUACAGUGACAACGACUGUUCCUACUACAGUGACAACCACGUUACCCACUACUCUACCAACCACCCUACCUACAACACUUCCAACCCAGCCUCCAACCACCCCACUGCUGGUCAGUACCCCAAGUGGCACAUCUACCUCUGCUGCACCUUCCACUAAGCCAGCUCCAGCUGAGGUGUGCAAGAGCCGCCCGCUGGACUUGAUCUUUAUCAUCGACAGUUCUCGCAGUGUCCGGCCUGCUGAGUUCGAGAAGGUCAAAGUCUUCCUUGCAGACAUGGUAGACUCCCUGGAUAUUGGGCAGGAUGCCACACGGGUUGGCCUGGUCAAUUACGCCAGCACAGUCAGCAUAGAGUUUCGCCUAAAGACCUACAACAACAAGGCCCAGGUCAAACAAGCCUUUUCUCGCAUCGACCCCCUUUCCACUGGCACCAUGACCGGCCUGGCCAUCAAAACAGCCAUGGAGCAGGCCUUCACCGAGGAAUCCGGCGCCAGGCCCCAGAGUAAGAAUAUCGCCAAAGUGGCCAUCAUUGUGACAGACGGGCGGCCCCAGGACAAGGUGGAGGAUGUUUCGGCUGCAGCCAGGGCUGCUGGGAUUGAAAUCUAUGCAGUUGGUGUGGACAGAGCAGAUAUGACGUCUCUCAGGUUGAUGGCCAGCCAGCCUCUGGAUGACCAUGUCUUCUAUGUGGAGACAUAUGGGGUCAUUGAAAAGCUCACCUCCAAGUUCAGGGAGACUCUGUGUGGUGUGGAUGCAUGCUCUCUUGGACAUGACUGUGAGCACGUUUGCGUGAACAACAAAACCUCCUACUACUGCAAGUGCAGGGUGGGGUACGUUCUUAACCCGGACAAGAAAACAUGCUCGCAAAACAACGGUGUGGAUGCAUGUGCCCUUGGACAUGACUGUGAGCACAUUUGCGUGAACAGCAAUGCCUCCUACUUCUGCAAGUGCAGGGUGGGAUACGUUCUUAACUCGGACAGGAAAACAUGCUCACAAGCCAACGAGGCCCGCAGCGAUGUGUCAGAGGAUGCAUGCAUGUGCGAAGCUCAGAUCGCAUUCCAGAAGAAGGUUCACCACAGCAUAAAGGAGAUAACCAACAAACAUAUCCUUUAACUUUUCUUAUCUUGUGUUUAAAACCAGUUAUGGACCUUUUUAAAACACUUUAAUGAUACUGUAAUAAAAUGUUCACAGCCUGCUUGAGUGAGAAGGAGUGUCAAUGGAGUGUCUCUUAUUUGUGGUACCUAUUAAAGGUACCACGAUUAAGCCAAGACAUGUUUGGUAUUAGAUGUGUGCUUCGUUAUUUUUACAACAGGAGAUGCUAGGCUAACAUUGCUAACAGACACUGGCCUUAGACAAUACCAGCUAUUCUUAGUCCUGAAAGGAACAGUUUGCCAAAAAGUCAAAUCAACAUGAUUGAUAAGUGAUGCCAGAUGCUUUCAGUCAGCCUAAACAUGUUUUUGUGCUUCUUCAGUUUAUGACAGGAAAUGCUAGAGUAACAUUGCUAAAAAAAUGUCAUGUCCUGUAAAUACACUCUUGUUCUAAUUAAUUAGCUUUACAGUUGAACAGACCUUAUUUGAAAAAAACAUAACAAGAUGUUUCAAAGUAAAGAAUUUUUCGUACACAGCCGAGAAAUGCAGCCCACAAUAGGUGUAACUGAAAGGCAGUACAGUUUUUGUAAGCAUUGUUAGCUUAGCGUUACAGACUGUAUAACAAAGAAUCACAUGUCAAAUAACAGACAUGUCUUGGCUGUUUGACUGCAUUUGGGAUCAGUG